UUUAAUAACUGGCCAAUGUCUUGACUGUUCACUCUAUGCUCAGAUAAUAGCCUGGAGAGGUUACUACUCACCUUAAGGAACUGUUUGACUCUUUUUGAUAGGCUUUCUGAACCACUGCUGCAUCAUUUUGUCAUAUUUUUGGAUACCGUUGUACCUGUGUCAUUACCUGAGCCAGUGGGAUUUGUGCGGUAAGACUGGGCCUUUGUCAAAGAAACAUGAAACGUGCGUUGGUGUAUGUUGGUGUGCUAAUCGCCAUAAUGGCUGUGACAGAAGGAAGACCUAAAUCAGCUGAACCAAAGUGUAAAUCUGGCCCAGUCGACCUUGUGUUCAUCAUCGACGGCUCACGCAGCGUUCGUCACCAUGAGUUUGAGACAAUGCGCAAGUUCAUGAUAGACAUCAUCCAUGAGCUGGACAUUGGCCUGGAAGCUACAAGAGUUGGUGUGGUCCAGUACUCCAGUCAAGUCCAGAACGUGUUUUCCCUCAAAGCCUUCAGCAAGCCUGCUCAGAUGGUCAAAGCAAUCAACGAGAUCAUUCCAUUGGCACAGGGAACCAUGACAGGCCUGGCCAUCCGCUAUGCCAUGAACGUAGCCUUCUCUGCUGAAGAAGGUGCCCGUCCCAAUGUCCCCCACGUAGCGGUUAUUGUGACGGAUGGCCGUCCUCAGGACCGUGUGGCUGAAGUGGCAGCUGCUGCGAGGGAGUCUGGGAUUGAGAUCUACGCCGUUGGUGUCGCCAGGGCUGAUAUGACCUCACUGCGAGCUAUGGCAUCUCCACCGUUUGAGGAUCACGUGUUCCUGGUGGAGAGGUUUGACCUCAUUCACCAGUUUGGUCUUCAGUUCCAAGACAAGCUUUGUGGGAUGGACUUGUGUCUGGAAUCAGAUCACGGCUGUCAGCACAUCUGUGAGAGCUCGCCUGGCUCCUACCACUGUCUGUGUCUGCCUGGAUACACGCUCAACGAGGACGGCAAGACCUGCACACCCAUUGAUCUAUGUGCUGAAGGGAAGCAUGAUUGUGACCAGAUCUGUAUUGCUUCACCCGGGUCAUUCACAUGUGACUGUAACACAGGAUACACGCUCAACGACGACAAGAGAACUUGCACAAUGAUCGAUUACUGCUCCUUUGGGAAUGAUAGCUGCGAGCAUCAGUGUGUGAGUGUGCUCAGUGGCUUUAAUUGUCACUGCAACGAAGGAUACUCACUCAACGAUGACCUGAAAACCUGCACAAUGAUCGACUACUGUUCAUUUGGGAAUGAUAGCUGUGAGCACGAGUGUGUGAGUGUGCUUCAGAGCUUUUAUUGCCGCUGCCAUGAAGGAUACACACUCAAUGAAGAUGAAACAACGUGCACAAUGAUCGACUACUGCUCAUUUGGGAAUGAUAGCUGCGAGCACGAGUGUGUGAGUGUGCUCAAUGGCUUUAACUGCCGUUGUAAAGAUGGAUACUCACUCAAUGCUGACAUGAAGACCUGUACAAUGAUUGAUUACUGCGCAUUUGGGAACGAUAGCUGCGAGCACCAGUGUGUGAGUGUCCUGAAAGGCUUUCACUGCAUUUGUAACGAUGGAUACUCACUCAACGAUGACAAGAAGACCUGUACAAUGAUCGACUACUGUUUAUUUGGGAAUGAUAGCUGUGAGCACGAGUGUGUGAGUGUCCUGAAAGGCUUUCACUGCCGUUGUAAAGAUGGAUACACUAUCAAUGAUGACAAGAAGACCUGCACAAUGAUUGAUUACUGUUCAUUUGGGAAUCACAGUUGUGAUCAUCACUGUGUUAGUGUGCUCAAUGGCUUCUACUGUCGCUGCAACGAGGGAUACACUCUUCAGGAGAAUGGGAAGACCUGCCAGUCGGAUAACUUGUGUAACACAGUGGAACAUGGUUGUGAAUACCAGUGUGUGAGCACUCUGGGAUCAUACCACUGCAUAUGUCCUGAGGGCCAUGUGCUACAGGACAACGGCAAGAGCUGCGGAACCUGUCGAUCCUCCAACAUUGACCUGGUCCUCCUCAUCGAUGGUUCCAAGAGCGUGCGGCCGCAGAAUUUCGAGCUUGUCAAGCAGUUUGUUAACCAGGUGGUGGAUCAGCUGGACGUCUCCCCUAAAGGAACACGCGUGGGUCUCGUCCAGUACUCAAGCAGAGUGCGGACAGAGUUUCCGCUCAGCAUGUAUCAGACAAAGGAAGAGAUCAAAAAGGCUGUGAUGAAUGUGGAAUACAUGGAGAAGGGGACCAUGACAGGCUUGGCUCUCAAACACAUGGUGGAGAGCAGCUUCUCCGAGGCUGAUGGAGCCCGUCCUGCUGAGAAGAACAUCCCACGGGUCGGCCUGGUCUUCACUGAUGGGCGAUCGCAGGAUGAUAUUCAAGAGUGGGCCAAGAAGGCCAAGGAAGCCGGUAUCACCAUGUAUGCUGUUGGUGUGGGUAAAGCUGUGGAGGAUGAGCUGAGAGAGAUUGCCUCUGAGCCCAUGGAAAAACACUUCUUCUACACCGCCGAUUUCACUGCCAUCAGCCAGAUCGCUGAGAACCUCAAACUCAAUGUCUGUGCAGCUGAGAGUCAAGGAGAGAUUGAGGUUAAGGACCCUUGCGCUUGUGAAAGCCUUGUGGAGUUCCAGCAGGUUACGAUGUCCACCCUAGACCAGCUCAACCAGAAACUGUCAGCUAUGACCAAGCGAUUGGAAGUUCUAGAGAGCCAGUUGCUCACAAGAAAAUGAGAGAGCGCUUCACACAACAGUGCAGAUGAGGACGGGGCCCACUGGGUGUGAAGGGCCCCACAGUCACAAGGUCUACAGGUGUAGAUGCCUGAGGCAUGAGGUCCAUUAUUUACGGUGCCAUUUUUGAAAGUGGCUGAUAUUGUUCCCUAUUUAUACAUGAUCUGUAUUGUAUGAUUUAAAUAUAGGUAUGUAUUUAUGGCAAAUGUGAUAUUAGCAUUUACACACUAAAAAGGGAAAUUAAGUGUUUGGUACCACUCUGAAAUAUUGUCUUCUUUAUUAUUAUUUGCAUCAUUUUGGCACCAAAUUUAUGCACAGUGUGUGACCAUGUAUCUGUAAAACCUUUAUGCACAAAUGCAUUACAAAAAAAAAAAAGUUACAAAUUGUUCUGUUAUACAGUUUUAGAAUCAUUAGUUUACAGAGAAAAUACUAAUACCAAAAGAAUCAAACACUGCACUCUGUCAUAUUACCAAAGCUGUUGCCUGUCAGUGUUGUGCAUGAAUAUUUGAAAUAGUCAGAGGAGCAUGUCUGAUAUUUGUUAAAUGUUAAACUGGACUGCAAAAAGAUUUUAGACUCAAGAAUGGCCUAAAUGGUUUGUUAACAUAAAAUGAGAUUUGAAAAAUUGUCUAAACAGGGUAAUGUGUAAAAGAGCCCCUUAAGAUUGCAGUUUGUAUGUUUUUAUUGAAUACAGAAUCUAGUUAUGAUACCUCAGAGUACUCUGGCCUCAGGUUCUUAUGUUUUCUAGAUGUUUGCAAAAAAAAGCCCCCAUUAUAAGGCUCUUAUAUGUGAAUUCUUGUACUUUUUGUACAAUUUCCUAAUAACACUCUUUUUUUUAAAUGGUCAAAGUGUGUCUGUAUUCUUUCAAAGUAUGAAAUAAAGAUGUUUUCAGAUUGCUCUCAAGAUGCCGAAAGUUCUACUAUGAUAUACAGUAUAAUGAAUUUACUAUCUCUAGUGAUAUACUAAUAUCUUCUAUAAUAGAUAAUAAAAUAUAAUGAAACUUAUAAAUGAUGUUCAGGUGCAUCUCAAUAAAUUAGAAUGAUGUGGAAA